UUGAUUUGAUGAGAAAAAAACAAAAGUAUAAGGAAGGAGCAAAGCCUACUCCAAUGCAACUUUUCUCACCCUUUUCCUUCUUCCCUGCUUUCAACUUUCCAAUCUCAAAAUAAAAAACCCAUCACAUUAAAUCAACUAUAUUUACACCAAAAAAUCUAUCAUAUCAAAUAGAGACCAAAAUUAAAAUAAUACAAACAGUGUUAGAUCCAUUUCACCUUCUAAAAUAUCACCUUUCAUCUAUUUUUCUCAACUAACCCACAAAACCCUAAUUCCCAUGAUGAAUUUAUAUUUGUGUCUUUUUCUUCUGUGCACGCUUUUUGUAUGUUGUUCUGCUACUUCUUCUUCUUCGUCUUUUCAUGUGUCACGUCGUUCGAUCCUGAGAGAGGUUCACGACAAUGAUGAAAGUGGAGCGGAUCAUGAUUAUGCUGUUGACCUUAAUGCAACCAAUUUUGAUGAUGUUUUGAAGGAUACUCCUGCUACUUUUGCUGUUGUUGAAUUCUUUGCACAUUGGUGCCCUGCUUGCAGGAAUUAUAAGCCUCACUAUGAAAAGGUUGCAAGGUUAUUUAAUGGACCCGAUGCAGUGCAUCCUGGAAUGAUAUUAUUGACAAGAGUUGAUUGUGCAUUAAAGAUAAACACUAAGCUCUGUGAUAAGUUUUCGGUUGGUCAUUAUCCUAUGCUUUUUUGGGGCCCUCCUCCUAAAUUUGUAGGUGGUAGUUGGGAACCAAAACAAGAGAAAAGUGAUAUAAAUGUGAUUGAUAAUCCACGCACAGCUGAGCUGUUGCUUAAUUGGAUUAACAAGCAAAUGUCCAGUUCAUUUAGUCUGGAUGAUCAGAAGUUUCAAAAUGACCAUCUUUCAUCUAAUGUAUCAGACCCUGGACAGAUUGCAAGAGCUAUCUAUGAUGUUGAAGAGGCAACUUCCAUAGCUUUUGACAUCAUCUUAGAGCACAAGAUGAUAAAACCAGAAACUCGUGCUUCGCUUAUAAAGUUUCUUCAGCUUUUGACAGCUCAUCAUCCUUCUCGGAGAUGCCGGAAGGGCGCUGGAGAAUUACUCGUGAGCUUUGAUGACCUGUAUCCAACAGAUUUUUGGUCAUCACCUAAGCAAGAAAAUGACAAGAGUUCAGUUAGGAACUUUCAGAUUUGCGGAAAGGAGGCGCCUCGUGGAUACUGGAUGUUCUGCCGUGGCAGCAAGAAUGAAACCAGAGGCUUUAGCUGUGGCUUAUGGGUUCUUCUACAUUCACUGUCUGUGAGGAUUGAGGAUGGAGAGAGUCAGUUUACAUUCAAUGCAACAUGUGAUUUUGUUCACAACUUCUUCGUCUGCGAGGAGUGCAGACAACAUUUUUACAAGAUGUGUCAAAGUGUUUCGAGUCCUUUCAACAAAGCCCGCGAUUAUGCUCUCUGGUUGUGGAAUUCCCACAACAAGGUAAAUGAAAGGCUGAUGAAAGAAGAAGCAUCUCUAGGUACCGGUGAUCCCAAAUUCCCUAAGACGAUAUGGCCUCCAAAGCAGCUUUGCUCUUCCUGUUACCUUGGCCAUGACCAGAGGAGCAACAAAAUUGAAUGGAACCAAGAUGAGGUCUACAAGACUCUAACAAAUUAUUACGGGAAAACGCUUGCUUCUCUGUCCAAGGAAAGGGGUAAUGCUGGAAAUGACGGAACUGAAGGAGCGGCACUUGAAGAUUUAAUAGUUGCGACAAAUGCAGUUGUGGUGCCUGUUGGAGCUGCUUUGGCAAUUGCUGUGGCUAGUUGCGCCUUUGGAGCACUUGCUUGCUACUGGCGUUCGCAGCAAAAGAGCCGGAAGUAUUUCCAUCACCUACACUCUUUAAAGAACAUAUGAUUAUUAGGAGGGCCAAGGAGAACGUGGAAUUAGGAAUAGCAGACACAUACACAGAAGAAUAUGCAUAGAAGCUUUUGUAGAGACCCAAUUUGAAUUUAUUGUCUCUGCUCCAUAGAGCCUUUGUUAAGUUCCUUUAUGAAUUAUUAUCUGUUUUUGAAUGUACAAAGUACAAUUAUUGUUCUUGGAGAUCAUUACUCAUUUGUGCUACUCUCUUUCACUUUUCUUUUUGGUGGACUUCUCUCGUCAAUGAAUUUGAGGGAAAGGAGUACAUAACAUGUAACAUUUUUGCUUGUAAUUUUGGGUUUUGUUUUUUUAUCAAAGUUACUUAUAAGCUAUAAAGAUGAUUUACAUGAUUU